UGGACUCUCCACCACAGAAGUGUUACAUGAGCUAUUUCCCGAAAAAUACUUUGUUUGUUCUUAUUUAGUAAAUCCAGAUUCUAUGAACUGCAGCUGUUAAGUGUAUACGGUAAAUGUUUAUGUUUAGAGCGCUAUUGAGUUGCAGGCAAGACAAAUAGUCGAUAUUCAAAACAUUCAAAUGUAGUUUAGUACAUGGAUGUCAUGCCGAAUUAUAACCACACGAUGGCGCUACACACAUGACAAGACUUCAGAGUUCACUCAGUGCGCACGCUCCGACCACGACCCCCCUCCCCCUCCAGAAGUGUUUAACCACUUCAAACGCUCAGCGUCAGUUUAGACAUAAAUUUCAUUCGUAAUGGCACACUACAGAUCUUCAGAAUCCAAACGGGAGCAGUUCCGGAGAUACCUGGAGAAGGCCGGCGUGUUGGACAGUCUCACUAGCGUACUGGUGACGUUGUAUGAAACGACAGACAAGCCCAGCGACGCCCUGGACUUCCUGAAGCAGCAUCUGGGCAUGUGCGUACCGAACCCAGCGGACACCGAGACCCUGCGGCAGCAGCUAAGAGACGCCAGGCAGAGCUGGGAGCUGCUGGACCAGGAGCACCAGGAGCUGAAGAGAAGGCUGCAGCGCUACGAGUCUGCCUCUAACAAUGAGGCAGCUUCCUCCGGGCCGGGUGCUGAAUAGACCUGCAGCUGCCUCGACUGUUGAUCUUAUUUUGAUAAAAGAUGUAUAAUUUUGAUGUAUGAAGGCGCUUCCUGCUCAACACCAGGGCUUUCACACACCUGUGGGGUUUUUGUAAGAUCUUUAUUUGUGUUUCUUAAGAUUUAAAUUAUUUUGUAUAUUUAAUUUAUAUAUUCCAAUACAGUAGUUUUCUGCUAUGUGA